AGAAACCAUUUAAAUUUGUUGCACAUGUGUGAAAGUUGAGCUUUUUCGGGUGUUUCAUGUGGAAUUACACAAAUACUAUCUCUUUAAUGGCUCUCCGUAUUCCUCAACGCGCUCAAAAUCAGAUUGCAAUGGAAAAACCGGUUGAAGGCCCAAUACGGUCAUUGAGGUCAAGGCAGGUUUUUGGCGUUCUGGCCACUAACGCCGUGUCAAGGCCAACUUUGAAGGAGGUUAAACCAGCACCUACGAGUAAGACCGCCAAGGAACCACAACUUCGCAAUGAACCUGUCUCAAAGCCUGACGUAAAGAUUAUGUCUGCCCCAGCGUGCCCGGAGCCCAUGGAGAUUGAGAGCACUGUACCGCAAGCUCUUUGCCAGGCCUUUUCAGAUGCUCUAAUUGAAGACCUCAAAGAUGUGGAUGCAGAAGACUAUAAUAACCCCAUGCUUUGCAGUGAAUAUGUCAAGGAAAUUUACAAAUAUCUACAACAACUUGAGUCUGACCAGGCAGUCAGGCCAAGAUACCUUGAGGGCCAGGAGGUAACAGAGAAUAUGCGUGCAAUCCUCAUUGACUGGCUUGUUCGGGUCCAUGUCAACUUCAAACUGCUGCAGGAGACCAUGUAUAUGACUGUUGCAAUUAUUGACCGCUUCCUCCAGGACAAUCCCGUGUCAAGAAAGCAACUCCAACUUGUGGGUGUGACUGCCAUGUUCAUCGCCUCUAAGUAUGAGGAGAUGUAUCCCCCUGAGAUCACAGACUUUGUGUUUGUGGCUGACUCGGCUUACACUGCCACUCAAAUCAGAUGGAUGGAGAUGAAGAUCCUGCGGGUCCUUGACUUCAGUGUUGGACGCCCACAGCCCCUUCAGUUUCUUCGAAGAGCUUCCAAGAUUGGAGACGUUACUGUUAUGCAUCACACCCUGGCUAAGUACCUGACGGAGCUCUCCAUGCUGGACUACGACAUGGUUCACUUUCCACCCUCUCAGGUGGCGAGUGCAGCCUUUGCCCUCACAUUGAAACUGUACAGCUGUGGAGAAUGGACUCCCACGUUGCAACACUACUUGGGCUAUACCGAGGAAAGUUUGGUUCCAGUCAUGAGGCACAUUGCCAAGAAUGUUGUGAAGGUGAACGAAGGACUCACAAAACACUUGGCUGUCAAGAACAAAUACUCCAGUCAGAAACAGAUGAGGAUUGCUCUUAUUUCUCAGUUGAAAUCCUCUCUAAUCAAGAACCUUGCCAAAGAAAUCUCUUUGUGAGAUGUGUGCCCAAUGUUCUGACUGUACAAAGUGUAACUAUUUCAUGUUUGUAAACUUUUUUUAUUGACUGAUAAGUCUGACUGCCCUCAUUAUGCCAACAGUGUUUUUCAAUCACUAUGUUGUUAAUAAACUAUGUUUUUAAUGUUUUUAAUAAACCUUUUAAUCUCA